AUGAAGGCCGCCCACGAGGCAGCUGCUGCUAUGUCAGAGUUGGCUACAGACGUUAGGCCCAUUCCUAUGCUUACAGUGGACGUUCCUACCGGUCCACCGGGCCAAACACGCAUCAGCACUACUACACUACUCAGUCCCUCGGCUCGUACCAUUGCUUCACCAGCGACGGCUCAAGAAACGGACGGAGAAGUUGGGGAGGACCAACCCAAUGCGUCCUCUCCUAUGGACACCGGUCGAGAUGGUUUUGGUGACAACCAUCUUGUGCGUGCACUGGGGUCUGCCCGACUCGUCUUCCAGAAUAUUAACACUAUUCCUGAUGCGUCGGACGACCCUAAACAAGCACAGCUGAACCACUGGAUUCAAAGCGAACGUGUGGACUUUUUACUUCUGGCUGAAUUGAAUAAAUUCUGGCCAGCAAUUACACCAACCAACCGAUGGCGUGAACGCGCCAGUACUAUGGCUUGGAAGGGCGAAGGUUUCCACUCAGCGGUGGCCUACAACAUCCAUCAACCACGGACUGCCCAUUCGACCACCCAAUUUGGGGGCUGUUCUACUUCUGCCUUCAACGAAGUCUCCCAUCAAGUCCGGUCCAGUGGCGACGAUAGCUUGGGGCGAUGGGCUUGGAUCCGACUUCAUGGCCGAACACAAGGCGUUGGCCAGCGCGACUUGGUGGUCAUCUCUGCCUACCGACCAAACCCACCCAACGACGGGCAUCAAACCGUGUGGUUCCAACACAAGGCCCAUUUCAGCCGCACCCACCGCGACGCUGAACCCAGGGAAGCUUUCAUCAAGGACCUCUCCACUGCAAUCAACACCUGGCGCGACGACGGUUGUUCCAUCAUCUUGGGCAUCGAUGCCAACGAUGACUUGUCCUCCUACUCCCCAAAGUCUUUCUGUUUUCGGAUGAGCGAAGUGGGACUGAUCGAGGCGAUCCAGUCCAACCAUCCAGGGUCCCAUCAGGCCACUUACCAGCGAAACCUCCGUGGGUAUCCGAUUGACCGUAUCUUUGCGACGCCUGACGUGCCCAUCCUGGCCGCCAGGUACUACCCUUUUGACGAACACGUUGCCUCCAAUCAUCGUGGCCUGUGGAUUGACUUUGACUUGCGCAGUCUCCUCGGCGGACACAAACCUACAAAAUCCACCCAUGUUCCACGCCGGCUGGUGAUGCAUAACAAACGGGUGGUUCAACGAUACGUCCAAUUGACGGAGCAGGGUUACAUGCGGUACAAUAUUCCCGGCCGUCUUUCUACCCUGGGAUUCGACGUUGCCCGACAGCAGGGCGGCAUCACCAAAUCCCAAUCGGUCAGAUUCCAUCGGAUACACGCCGAUGCCUACACAGUUCGACGAUUGGCGGAGCAGAACUGCAGGAAGUUGUCGAUUGGUGGGGCGGAAUGGUCCCCGCAAGGCCAAUCCAUUCGGGAUCGGAUCACCUUGUGGCGGCUUCUCCUCAAGGGCCGACGUCGGUGCCGUGUGAGCUCCAGGAAGGUUCGCCGCCUGCUGCUCAAGACGAACGAACCCUUGGCCUGGAAGAUGACUACAGCUGAACUUGAGACUCACCUCACCCAAGACCUUGGUCGGUAUA